UUAGAUAGCUACAUGGUUAGUAGGUGAAUUGACUUAACUCUGAUAAGUUCACAUUUUUUGUUUAUCGUCAAAAUGAAAAAAUUUAUUGCAAUUGCUGUAUUUUGUGUCUUAAUUGCGUGUAUACAAAGUGCUCCGCAAUUCGAUCAACAUUUUCAACAACAACCAGAACAACAAUCGAAAUAUGUAGUUGCCGAUGGUCGAUUCCAUCAGGAUCCAAAUCUUGAAUACAAUUUUGAACAAAAGUUCGUAAACGGCGAGGAAUUCAGAGAAGAUGGUAAAUUCAAAACGGUUAGCGGUAUGGAUGUUAUUGUGACCAAAGGGUCAUAUACAAUUGUUGAAAAAGAUGGAUCCAUCACCGUUGUAAAUUAUACUGCUGACGAACAUGGCUUCCAUCCAGAAGUUGUGACAUCUUCACCGGCCCAAGGUUGAUCAUUGAAUUCGGUUUAAGUUUGCGGUUUCUUAAAUCGGUACCAUCAAUUAGAUAUAUUAUGAAUCAUAACAUGAUUUCCAGUACACCAAUUUUGUAUCGAUCUUUUUAAUAAACCAUGAAUUUAAUUUGAAAAUAAAAUA